CCCGGCUUCCAUAUGAGCAGAUUUCUGCAAGUAGAUCGGCUUUGCUUUUCCCUGGACGCCGUCGCAGUACGCAUUGAUGAUGUUUGGGUUUGUGCAAGGAGUAUCUGAGUAAGUGUCUCUAACGAGAUUUAAUCCUAGCUUGAAACUGUUCGACGUUCUACAUUCUAUGACGACUAAAAGAGGGCGUUUGAAGCUAUACGUACUUGUUAAGAAAAGUCCGGUUAAUCAGACAUCAAAGACAAGAUGGCACUUCCCGUUUCCGGCUUAUGUGGGAGAGCCACUCAGCUGGUGCAACUGGAUUCAUCCAAUAAUGACCAUAUCCUGAACCUUGGUCACUGCGCUACAUGUCAGGCAGUCUCUGGGCAGCUCUGUACUGCUUAUUACCUCCUUCAAGGGGAGCCUCGAAGCCUUGACAGCCUCGAGGAAUAUCAGUCGGAUGGGGUCAGCCGCUACUUUUGUGAAACCUGUGGAUGUCAAUCGUUCGCAUACUCCAAACAAACGGGGCAAUACUUCGUCGCAUCAGGGCUGGUGGAUACCCCGCCUCAGACCAAGAAUGCACGCCACUGGGGAGUUGGCGAUACCUGGGAUGGUGGGCUAACAUCUUUUCUCCCUGGUUUUCUUAUCUCCGGUUCAAACGAUGCGCAAGACACCGUCGAACAAACAAACUGCAACAUGGCAACGGAGGAUUCCCGCCAGCUUCUUGCCCAAUGCCACUGUGGAGGCAUUGAACUGUAUAUUACUCCGCCGGACUCUACAUCCACUGAGGCAUGGUCGCCCUGGCCAGAUCUCAUAAUCCCGUACCAUUCGGGCCCAGAGGCCGCAGAAAAUAAAGAAGAUAUAAAGUGGUGGCUGCAAGAUAACCGCACCAAAUAUAUGGCUGGAACUUGCGCUUGCCGGACAUGUCGCCUAGCCAGUGGAUUUCCCAUUCAGUCAUGGGCAUUUAUCCCGAAAUCAAAUAUCCUGACUGCAGCAAACUCCCCACUUACUUAUGACGCACUCCGAAUAUCUUUCGCGAGUUUUGCAGCCGCUGCGGAGCAUCAGUGUUCUGGCAUUGUAAGAAAAGACCUCUAAUCAUUGAUGUUAGUGUUGGCCUUUUUCAUUCCAAACGUGGCACAAAGGCCGAGGAUUGGCUAGAUUGGGCCACAGGAAGAUGUAGUUUUGCGGAAAUGGCAGCGGAAAUGCCCUUGAUUGAACAGUUAGAAGCUGGUAUGAAAGUCUAGAAACAGCAGAAGAAGGGCGAAGAAGGUUAGUUGGGGCUUGAUGCUGUCGUCACAGACAAUAUCACUGGUGGUUUCAUGAAGCAAAAGGUGAAUAUACCCAUAAUUUGCCUCUAUUGCCCCCUCCUCUGAAGUGUUGGAAGAUGAAUGCGAUGAUUUCUAUAUACAUGUGGUGCGCGAAGCUG